UGGGGGGGAAGGGAGGGGAGGACAGAGAGAGGGAGGAAGAGGGACACCUGAGGGCGCGCGGAAACCGAUCGUCGUCUCUGCUUUCCUCCCUUUAGGAAGAGUUUGGUGGCAGCAGUGGCUCCGUAGGAGGAGGAAGGGAGGAAGCAAGAUGAGCGUGAUCGACAUCCUAACCCGUGUGGACGCCAUCUGCAAAAAAUAUGAGAAGUACGACGUCGAGAAGCAGCGCGAUCUCAAUGUCUCCGGCGACGACGCCUUCGCCCGUCUUUAUGCCGACGUGGAGACCGACAUCGAAGCUGCCCUCCAGAAAGCGGAAGAUGCGUCGAAGGAGAAGAAUCGGGCGGCCUCCGUGGCAAUGAAUGCCGAGAUUCGGCGCACAAAGGCGAGGCUCUUAGAGGAGAUCCCCAAAUUGCAGAGGCUCGCACAGAAGAAGGUCAAGGGCCUGUCAAUGGAAGAAUUAGCUACUCGAAGUGAUUUAGUGGCUGCACUAUCUGAUAGGAUAGAAUCAAUACCAGAUGGGACAGGAAAUGCUGGAAAAAAAGGUGGAGGUUGGGCGGCAUCAGGUUCACGCACGGAGAUCAAAUUUGAUUCAGAUGGAAGGUUUGAUGAUGAAUUUUUUCAGCAGACUGAGGAAUCAAGCAAGUUCAAGCAAGAGUAUGAAAUGCGCAGGAUGAAGCAGGAUCAAGGUUUGGAUGUUAUUUCUGAAGGAUUGGAUACACUAAAAAACAUGGCACAUGACAUGAAUGAGGAGCUGGACAGGCAGGUGCCACUAAUUGAUGAGAUUGACACAAAGGUUGAUAAAGCAACAUCAGACCUUAAGAAUACAAAUGUUAGACUGAAGGAGACUGUCAACCAGCUGAGAUCCAGUCGGAACUUUUGUAUUGAUAUUAUCCUUUUGUGCAUUAUUCUGGGGAUUGCUGCAUACUUGUACAAUGUGCUGAGGAAGUGAUGUAUGCUCGAUGCUCAAAGGGGUCAUUCCUACUUGUCUAUAUUGUGUUAUGUUCUACUCUGAUUAUUCUGUUCAUGUUGGUUUGGUUUCACAUUUUGCUGUAUCUGUAAGCUUUUGCCAAUGCGGUUUGUUUGCUUAAGGCGUUUGUUGAGAGACUGUCUGAUGUGUUACACCUCUGAGUUGGUGAGUUCUCGAUUUGCUGACUGGUUGUUGGCAUGUUUGAGCAAACGAGCAAUAAUUGAGUCUGUUAGAGUUAUUUGUCAACCUGGAGGUUUUACCAUUUGCUCGCCUCGAUGGAAAAAACUUUGAAUGAAUCACAGAAAUCUCAUCCACCGUUCCUUCA